AUGAGGAAACAGGCUCAGGAGUUAAGGGAACUGAGACAGCUAAGGCGGCAACGAGCUCAGCCAGCACCAUUGAUCAGAGAUUUUCAACAGUCUUUAGCACCGAUUUUAGAGAUUUUUCAAAUUGGCAAUCAUUUGGAACCAUUGUAUGUAAGGUUCUGGAAGCAACAUCCUUCAAUGUUUGAGGGGAGUGUUGAUCCAUGGAAGGCAGAGCAUUGGAUGAGCAUGAUGGGGACAAUUAUGGACUUCACACGAGUUGAAGGAAAUGACAGGGUAGCCUGUGCAACUUACAUGUUGAGGGAUGAUGCAAGAAUCUGGUGGGAAGAGUCAAAGGUGGAUGAGUUUGCCACCUUGAAUCAAGGGAAUAUGAUGGUGACAAAGUACGCACUAAAGUUUGACAGGCUUGCCAAGUUCGCGGCAGAUUUAGUGCCAACCAAUGCAACUAGAGUAGACCGGUUUGUUCAAGGCUUAAAGCCUAUGAUAGCCAGAGAUGUGGAGAUUGUAUCAGUAGGGCCAACAAUACAUAUGCUCAAAUUUUGUAAAGGGCCCUCACUACUGAGAGAAUGGAAGACAGAAUAUGGAAGGAAGAUGCUGCUAAAAGAUAGAAAGGAAUGGGUACGGUACCCAGAGUGUGAUAAAUGUAAGAAGCACCACCAAGACGAAUUUUGGGCAAACACGUGUUAUGGUUGUGGUAAGAAAGGAUGCAUCAAAAGGAACUGUCCACAGAAGACUCGGGAAUGGGAUAAAGAGCACCACAAGAAGAACUAUAAUCUGGUUCCAACAUGUGUGUUCGCUCUCACCAAGCCUCAGGCAGAAGCAAGCACUUCAGUGGUCUUAGGUCAGAUUUUUAUCGCUGGAAUUGAUUAUCAUGUUUUAAUUGAUUAUGGAGCCACUCAUUCAUUUGUUGCUAAGAGAAUAGCGGAAAGAUUUAAUAGACCUCAUGAGAAGCAUGCUAAGUGGUUUGGGACCAUGUUACCAACCAGAGAGGUGGUAAUAUCUAGGAAGUGGUUUAGAGUCUUGCCUUUGAGGAUAGAUGGUAGAGAGCUAUAUGAAGACUUGAUUGGGGUGGAUAAUUCUAAUUUUGACAUAAUCCUUGGGAUGGAUUGGCUGACGAAGUACAAGGCUACAAUCGAUUGCAAGAAGAAAAUGGUGGUGUUUAAGCCUGACGGAGAGGAGCCUUUUUUGUUCAUGGGAACAGAAACAAGACUAUGA